GUUGAAUCGUCUUCCCUCAGUAGCGAUGGUGGGGAUGAGCGUUCUCAGGUCUGCUGCUGCAUUUGCGGCCAGGCUGAGUCCUCUGAAAUCUGGAAAUAAUGCGGCAAACUUACUCAGCCGAACGGUCACACGAACAGAUACAGUGGCUGUUCGCUGGGGUCAUGGGAAGAAAAUGUUUGUCAUCAAACCCUCUAGCUACUAUGACAGUAGAUUUCUGCGCUUAUUGACCUUUUAUACCCUGCUGACCGGCAUUCCAAUGGCUGUCAUUAUCACAAGUGUUAAUGUCUUCAUUGGUGAGGCACAGCUGGUUGAAACUCCAGAGGACUAUGAACCUGAGCACUGGGAGUACUACAAGCAUCCCAUCACCAGGUGGAUUGCACAGACUUUUUAUGAUUCCCCAGUGAAGGAUUAUGAAAAGAUGCUUGCUGCAAUCCAAAUAGAGAAAGAAAAGGCAGACAUGAGACUGAGUCAGCUGGAGGUGCGUCGACAGAUGAGGCAGAAGGGAGAUGGACCAUGGUUCCAGACUGACACCCUCGACAAGGAUUUAAUUGACCACAGUCCCAAGUCCACUCCUGACAAUUAAAUUGGACGUGUCUGCCAUCAGUACAUCAUGCUGAUCAAUCUAACUGUUUGUACAUUUCCCCCCUUAUUGCGUAAAUAAAGUAUAUGUAUAUAUACUGUCA